CCCUGACUGACCCAUUCGGCCACAUGAACAACACAUGAAAAACAUGGACACUGACUGGUCUUUUUAGAUCAAAGAUAACAGAGGAGCUGAUGACUAUGAGACAACCUUCUGACUGUUUGUUCAAAGUGCAUAAAACUUCCUCUUUGUAAAUACUAUUGUUACUACAGUUGAGGCGAAAUGGAUCUUACAACCAAACAUGGACUGGUGCUGCUCGACCAGCUGAAGAAGAUGAGGGAGUCUGAGCAUCUGACAGACGUUGUGCUGGUUGCUGAGGGCAUCAGCUUCCCCUGUCACCGGGUCAUCCUGUCCGCCUUUAGCCCAUAUUUCCGUGUAAUGUUUACAUGUGGCCUGCGUGAGUGCAACAACAGAGAAAUAUUCUUGCGCGACACCCCCGCAGACAGUCUGGCCCUCCUCUUGAAUUACAUGUACUGCUCAGAUCUUCCUCUCACUAAUGCCAAUGUACAAGGCAUCUCUAUUGCAGCUUUCCUCCUGCAGAUGGAUGACGUUUUCACUCGCUGUCAGCAGCACAUGACUGAGAACAUGGAUGCCUCGAACUGCCUUGGUGUUUACUAUUUUGCCCGUGACCUUGGUGCAGAGGAACUUGCUGACCAUGCUCAGCGCUUUCUUAGGCAACACUUUGUCCAAGUCUGCCAAAAUGAGGAGAUCCUGGAUCUGGAGGCCCAUCAGCUGGGGAAGCUCCUGAGUUCUGAUGACCUUAAUGUUUCCCGCGAAGAGACCAUCCUGGAUGUGGUCCUUAGCUGGGUCAAACACAGCACUCUGACAGAUGGAGAGGUCCGUUUUCUGCACCUUCCAGAGCUCCUGAGGAAGAUCCGUCUGCCACUGGUAAACCCUGACUAUUUAAGAGAGGCAAUAAGGAGGAACACGGCCCUGCUGGCUGAUGCUGAAUGUCUUGAGAUGGUCAAUCAAGCUUUGGAGGUCGCAUCGAUGCAUCCCUCAGCUGCACCACGCAAACUAAAGCUGCGGUACGGCAUGGAGACCACAGAUCUGCUGCUCUGUGUCGGAAAUGACGGCAGUGGGAUUAGGUCAAGAUAUGGAAAUUUUUCUGAGCGCAGCUUUUGCUAUGCCCCAUCCACAGGCCGGAUCUACUAUAUCACGUCACCUCGCUAUGCAGAGGCUCUGGGGUAUGUGUGUGCUGGGGUUGUAACUGAAAGAAAUGACAUUAUAGUGGCUGGAGAGGCAGGAGCUCGCAGAAUGGCCCGACAGAAGGAUGUAAAUGUUGAGAUCUACAGGUAUAGAGUAGAGGCCCAAGGAAGCUGGGAGCGCCUGACGUCAGCAGAGUACCGAGAUUCAUAUGCUCUGGGGUCACUGGGUGACACUCUGUACCUGCUGGGUGGACAGAUGAAGCUGAAGAACCAGUUUCUCAUUACUAACUGUGUGGAGCGAUGGUCUAUGCAAGGAGGACCCUGGCGCAGUGCAGCACCCCUGCCUUUGCCUUUGGCCUAUCACAGCGUGGUCACAAUGAAAAAUCGCAUUUAUGUGAUAGGUGGUCGAACGCCACAGUCAUACCGGAUGGAUGAUGAGCCUGAAUGUCUUAGUAACCGCCUUCUGGAGUAUAAUCCAGACACAAAUAAGUGGACAGAGCUGUGUCCCAUGAAGUACUCAAAGUACCGCUGCAGUGUUGUUGUACUCAACAGUGAAAUUUUCGUGAUGGGCGGCAUUGGAUGCGAGGGUGUAGACCGUGGGCAAUCACGCCGCUGCCUCAAUGCUGUGGAGAUCUACAACCCAGAUGGAGAUUACUGGAGGGAUGGACCUCCUCUCCCAACUGCACAACUCUCACUGCGCACCAAUGCCUCUAAUGCAGGAGUGGUGGGAGGCAAAAUCUAUGUGUGUGGAUACUACAAAGGAGCAGAUCGUCAUGAUAAUAUAACUAAGGACAUUUUGGAGAUGGACCCAUGGGAGAAGCGGUGGACAGUGGUGGCUCGGCACGCUCUGAUGCAUGACAACUACGACGUCUGCUUAGUGGCAAAUCUCAACCCGAGGGGUCUCAUGUCCCCCCCUGCAGACUUAGUUAAACAGUGACACCCCUGUCAGAUCAGGUCAAAGUUUGUGUGGGAGAAUUAGUGUAGGAAAUUAUUAAUGCACUUAUUGCUGGGCCAAAAGCAUUCACUUUUUUUUCAAGCAGAAAAGGUUGUAGUUGCCUGCAUGAAAGAGGAUCUGCUGUCAUUGAUUUGCACGUUUAGAGAUUCUCAUGUUAAUGAGAACAGAAAGAUAAUUUGUAAAUACCGUAUGUUUGUUGUUUUUUUAUCUUGUUGUGUAACAUCAGAGACUGAUCACCUGAAACCUGCAGCUGUGUGACACAUGGCAUUAUCAGCAACGCCAGGAAAUUAUUUCCUUGGACAUCCCCCCCCAACAAAAACAGUUUCAAGUUAUUAUUUAAUGUAUGAAAUGUUAAAAAUAGUAGACAAAUUGGAUUUUUUUUGGAUUUUUUGUUUGUUUUGUCCAACUAACAGGCCAAAACCUUACACUAUUCAAUUUACUGUCACAUACGACAGAGAAAAACAGGAAUUCGUCACAUUCGAAGCCUGAACCAUUCGAUAUUUUGUAUUUUUGCUGAAUAAUGACUGAAACAAUUAUACCGAUUCAUUUCUUGUCACUCAAAGGACAACCCAACCGCCAGAAAAAAUAAUGGCAUUCUAACUGUGGUGUAAGGUAGUUAUGAUAGGCCCCAGUGCACGCUAUCAUGCACAUACCGUCUCAUCACAUGAUCCUAGACACAACAUCAACAUAACAUGUUACCCAGCGAUCAUUAUUGCAUAUUUUUAUGUAACAAAAAAUACCAAAGAAAAAUAUAUUUUUUAAUUAAUCUAAAUAAAUAAUUAUUCAUUUAAUUUAACAAUUUUAAUAGUUGAUUUAUAGUUAUAGAAUAAGUGUAUAAUUUCGUUAUAGAUGCUGUUAACUAUUUUACAAAAAAGAAAAAGAAAAAAAUAAACAUCACAGAGAUGAGUUUGCGUUUUUCAAGGGCAUAUAUAGCAAAUGGCACUGUUUAAUUUAACACAGGCAUAUUUUCAUGGUGGCAAUCGCUCAUAAGGACCCAUUCUCCACCCAACACAUUGUUGGAGAGCCCACUCUCGCUAUGGGCCCUGCACCUCAAAGGCACCAGUGCAUCUGCACUGCCUGCACUGUCUAUAUUUACACCGCCGUUUCUGCAAACCACGGAUAUGUUACAUUUGUAUGUUAUGAUGUAGUGGAUACGUUAAAACUUUACAUUUCAACAAGGCUGUGGUUAAUGUUUGGUUACGUUUAGGUACAAAAACACUUGGUUAUGGUUAGAAAACAGAUCAUGUUUUGGCUUAAAAUACCUGGUUUGGAGGGCACUAUCCACAAGUUUUGGAAGCUAAAAAGCCACUGGAAACACAGUGAUGACUUGCUACAACACAAAUGGUUUUGUUGUGUCUUUGUCUCUUGGCAGCUUGGCAGCCAUCUGAUAGCACAGCACCAACUAUCCCCUUCACCUCUCAGUCACAAAGUCAGCCCAAAUAUAACUUCAGAAACACUUAUAUGUGUGUGUGAAAGACACAAAUGUAACCUGCUAGUGGUUUGCAGAAACGUAUGCCAACAUUUUCUUCUCUCACAUCGGCUGUAGUUCAGGAAGUGAUCAUUGUAGCUCUGGUUAUAAUUAUGGACUUGGAUAUAAAUCAUACCCGAGACGCUGGUUUGGUCUAUUACUGCAGGGCAAAUAUUAAGCCUUAUAAUGCAUAUGGUUAAUUGACAUUGUCAGAUUACAUAUACAGUAUAAAGCUGAAUAUUUUAUGUUGUAUCAACUUGUUUCUUCCUUUUGUGGUAUUUUUGCUAAAGCAUAAUGAAAUGUUUUCUGCUAAUAAACACGCACCUUAU